AUGGCUUCCGCUUCUACCACAACAACUCUUAUUCAUUUAAAUGCUCCAACUCACUCCCCCAUCCGGCUUCAUGAUAAUAAUUUUCCGGUUUGGCAGCGACAAGGAACAUCCACGUUAAUCGGCCUUGAUCUCCUAGGCCUUGUUGAUGGUUCGAAAACAGCACCACCUCAGUUCACUGAUACAGCACAACGAGCCACAAAUCCGGCUUACACUGCAUGGUAUCGCCAAUAUCAAAUCCUGAUCAGUGCCCUUUUAGGGAGCUGCUUAGAGACUAUCCAACCUCUCAUCUCGUCAGCAGCUACCGCACAACAAGCUUGGUCAAGACUUGUGACAAGCUAUGCUAAUGAUUCUAAGGGUAGAGUCAUUUAUCUCAAAACCAAGCUGUCAAAAAAUCCAAAAAGCUCUCGUUCAGUCGUUGACUACCUUCAGGAUAUGCGCUCAAUUGCCGACGCUCUUGCCGCUGCACAAAGCCCAGUUGAUGAUGAUGAUCUAAUUGCUUAUGUGUUGAACCAACUAGGUGAUGAUUAUGCUUCUAUAAUUCCUGCUGUUCGUGUCCAGAAAGCAGGAAUCACUUAUGGUGAUCUUUAUAACAUUCUGAUUGAGCAUGAACGCAUGUUGAAGGAUGCUGAAGAAGCCAAACAAUCUCACCUUGUUACGGCUAACGUUACCCAGCGACAAAAUCCUACAGCUAAUAAUGGACCUGCUGGACAGUCUAACAGUGGGUUCGCUGGACAGUCUUUCAAUCGUGAUCAAGGAGGAAACUACAACCAACGACGAUUUCGUGGAAAUCGUCAAAAUAAUGGUGGUUUUUCUCGCAAUAAUACGGUAUGUCGGUUUUGUAAUCUGCAUGGGCAUGAGGCCAAAGUCUGUCGCAAAUUGGCCAGGUUACUUCGCGAAGUUGGUGUAACAUCUGGUGCUUCACACCAUGCAACCUCAAGCACGACAUCAUUGCCAUCCUUUUCUGAAUACGGAGGACCAGAUGAAAUUCAUUUGGCUGAUGGUAAUCGUUUAAAAAUUACUCACACAGGCACUACUGUUUUUCCUACCCCUACCCGCGAUUUGUCUUUAAACAAUGUUCUUUGUGUUCCUAAAUUGCGUCGUAAUCUUGUUUCUGUUUCUAAGCUUUGUCAAUCUAAUGGGGUUUCUGUUGAAUUUUUUCCAAAUUCUUUUCAUGUCAAGGAUCUUCGCACGGGGGCGUGUCUGAUGCAGGGAAACAACAUGCAUGAUGUCUAUUCUGCUACCAUGUCAUGUGAACCGCAGAUUAAUACUAUCACUCUUUCCAGUGUCAAUGAAUGGCAUCAUCGUUUGGGUCAUCCAUCCAAUAAAGUUCUGGGUGUUAUUUCUCGAAAUAGUAACUAUCCUUUUAAGUCAUUUGACGUUAGUACUUUUCAUUUUGAUUCUUGUAGCGUCAAUAAAAGUCAUAAAUUGCCAUUUGCUGAGAAUACCUUAAACAACACAAAACCCCUUGAACUCCUAUAUACUGAUGUCUGGGGAACCAAAGAUAUGUCCUGA